CAGACCGUCCUGCCUGCGACAAAACCCUGCUGCCCUGCAGCGUGAACUCUAGUGAGUAACAGGGCUGUCUGUGGCUCUGACACCCAUCUGCAACCACUUACACUCAUUAAAGAGGGGCGCUCCUCUCUCAACCUCCUGCCCCACAAAGCAGGCUGAGGACCCAGCCCCCCUGCCGCCACGCCAAGACGAUCAUAUCAAACGUUGAGAAAAUAAGUCAUUCUGCUUCUGAAGCUCAACGAAAAUGCCACUUAAAGGGGUGGAACCGAAGCCUGGGGACCUGAUUGAGAUUUCCCGCUUUGCAUAUCGGCACUGGGCCCUCUACGUGGGCUACGGAUAUGUCAUCCACUUAGCUCCCCCCAGUGAGGACACCAAAACUGGAUUCUCCAGCCUGAUGUCUGUGGUGGCUGAUAAAGCCGUGGUGAGAAAGGAACCCCUCUGGGCGGUGGUGAAAGACGAUGACUACUGGGUCAACAACAAGCACGACAGGAAGCUGCGCCGGCGGAGUGUGGACCAGAUUAUCCAGGAAGCAGAGUCUCUGGUGUGGAAGACGAUGCCAUACAGUGUCACCAGUGCGAAUUGCGAGCACUUCGUCACCAAGCUGCGCUACGGUGUGGCCAGAAGUGACCAGGUCCGAGAUGCCAUGGUUGCAGGAGUGGUGGGGAUCAUGGGCGUAGGAGCCCUUGUGGCAGCUGCUACAGUCAUUGGCUCAUUGCUCUCUGACAACAAGCAGGAGGAUGAAUAAUGCAAACGUUGGCCUGGGCUAAAGACCCGAGCAAGAACCUUGGGAGCUGAUCUUUGCUGGAGCUGGCUUAGCUUCUCACCUGCUUUCUCCUUUGGGAUCACUGCCUUGGGAGUUUGUUCUAAUGGUUAAUCACUGGCACUGUGAAACAUUGGUGCCUUAUUUCUAAUUGGAACGUGUCUGGCUUUGACUUCCAGCCAUUAGGUCUUGUCCUGCCUUUCUCUGCUAGGUUAAAGAGCCCUUUAGUGCCUGGGAUUUUCUCCCCUCAUGAAGAUACUUAUACAAAGUAAUCAAAUCACUUCUCAACUGAAGCUAAACUGAUUGAACUCUUUAAAGCUCUCACUGGCAGGCAUUUUUUCCAGCCCUCAAAUCAUUUUUGUGGCUCUUCUCUGCACUCUUUCCAAUUUAGCAACAUGAAUGUUAAAGCAACUAGUGGUUUUGGACAUGUGGGGCAUUCUUGGUGAGUGUGUGUAUAAAUCUAGCCAGAGAGAUUCUGCAGCAGAUCUACAAGCUUGCACCAGCAUUAACAGAUUGUCUGGGUCAUGCUGAACCACAUGUUGUUAAAGAAAUAAAAGCAUUGCUCACA